GUUGCAAAGGUAACUUUCUCUUGUAACGGCAAGAAGUUCGCUGCUGUGGAUGGAGAUGGUCUACUGUGUCUAUGGCAAGUCGACACGUCUACAGAGCACAGGAAGCCAUUCUUCAGUCAAAGAUGUCACAGUAAAUCAGCUUCGGAUGUGAGAUUUGUAGACCAUAGCUCUACUGUUUUAAUAACAGCGGGCAACUCCUCUGGAGACUCCAAUCUUGCUUUGUGGGAUACUCUGCUUUCUCAAAGUAGCGCUUUGGUUCAUUCAUGGGUAGCACAUCCGGAAGGAGCCACAGCAGUCAUGUACUUGCCCAGACAGCAAACGAUCGUGUCCAGCGGUCGAUACGGCGAAUUAUGCUUAUGGGACAUACGCAAAUGUCAGCUGCGUGAAACCGUGAGAGCUUUUGACUCACAUGAGGUCGUUAACGCUUUAGUUACUGACCCCACGCAAAAUUUGAUUGUAGCGGGGUCAAGUGACGGCAAUGUAAAAAUAUGGUCUGCUGACGUGGACUUACAGUUGAUGCAUUGCUUUUCCGGCGAACAUGUUGCGAAAAGUGGAUUCUCUCUUAGACAAGUUGCGCAGUUGACAUUGCAAGGUGUACAGCAACUAUACAUUGACCAAGAACUUCGACUUUUCUCCUCCGGUGCAGACGGGUGUCUAAAGUUCCGAGCCCUGCAACAUUAUAUCACAUAAAUAAGGCGUCUUAGUGUUAGGUCUUGAUUUUCAGUGUAUAAGAGGAUGUCAUGCGGUAGAAAUCAACAAGGUCAAGUAAAUCUCGGUUGAAUUUUUGUUGUUUCUCCCGAAAUUCCCUAGUCCAUGUGUGAUCUUAGUCUCUCGUAUCCUUUCUUUGUAGUUUUUACGAGAACCGGUUCACGUGCAGUCUGAAAAUCGUCAUGUCAUUUUUACUGUUUCUGAAUGUAGCAGAC